AUGGGCCUUCCCCCUGCCGCUGAAGCAAGCGCAAAUUCUGGAAGCAUCCAACGAUUAACCCCUCUUAAAAAUGCCGUGACUGCUCGCCCAAGUGCUUUGAGUGUGGAGUAUUUCGAGGAUGGUCCCAUUACUGGUGAAACAGUCAUUAUGGUGCACGGAUUUCCAUAUUCCAUCGAUGCCUUUGCCCCUGUCGUCCCUAUCUUUGUCAAGCAAGGGUACCGGGUUAUUGUCCCAUACCUCCGAGGAUUUGGUGGAACAAGGUUUCUUCAGCCCAAUACCCCUCGCAGCGCGGAACAGGCGGCUCUGGGGUAUGAUAUUAUUGCGUUGAUGGACGCCCUGCAUAUCGACAAAGCCAUCUGUGCCGGAUACGAUUGGGGUACGGUGUCGGUGAAUGUAGCUGCUGCUUUAUGGCCAGAGCGAUGCAGCCGUAUGGUUGCUGCCAACAGCUAUCUAAUCCAGAACCGUUCCACCGCAUGGGUUCCUGGUGAUCCCAAUUCCGAGGCCACGAAAUGGUACUAUUACCUAUUCCUGACCCCUCGAGGCGCUGCUGGAUUGGCCCAACGCCCCAAAGAGUGGACGCAGACUCUCUGGCGCAAGAAUUCUAUCGGGUGGAAUUUCAGCGAGGAGUAUCUGGAUCUGACGACAACUGCCCUUUAUAACCCCGACUUUGUUGAUAUUGCGGUUGACUUUUACCGCAAUCGACUCCUAUACGCACCAGGGGAUCCGGCCUUCAUCGACCUUGCCCACACUCUGGAUAGCCAGCCACCCAUUCAGGUACCUGCAGUGACUCUGGAUCCUAAAAAUAGUGUGGUUUUGACUCCAACCAACGGGUCGUCUACUGCGAAAUUCUUCACCGGACCCAGGUGUCACUACGAGCUUCCGGGCAUUGGCGAGAAUAUUCCCUAUCAAGCACCGGAGAUUUUUGCGCAUGCAAUCAUGCAAGUUUCUCGGUUAACUGAUUCAUAUACUGGUUGUACUGGUGUUUGA